AUCACUCUUUUGCUGCAAGUGCAGGCAAUGCGAGGGCACCAGAUGUUAGGGACCGUAGUAUUGUGGCGCAUUGCAUGGCUGUGUUGGAUGCCAAGUCGUUUCUCUGGUAGAAACCGCGCCUAGGAGCUUGCACUAAGUCUGCCACAGCACUGACAGCAGUGCAAUACGCUAUCGACGCGACGCAUGGCAAAAAUGGGCAGCAAAAAGAAACACAACAAGCAAGAGCAGCCGCCGCGACGACCCACCUGGCUCAUCGCCGCUGCCGUCGCCGUCGCCGCAGCCGUCGCCGCGGUCGUCGCGCAAAGAUCGGAUCCCUUCCGCGACCUCGACGACGCGGCGGUGGCAACCGCGGCCUUUGAGGCCCUCCGGGACGCUCAACCUAAACGAGCGAGGGCCGCCUUCGCCGAGCUCGUCACCCGCGACGCCGACGACUCGUUCGCCUGGUCGUGGCGAGGGCGUGCCGAGGUCGCGCUAAGCGACUUAGAUGCGGCCGAAACAUCCUAUACGCGAGCGCUGGAGACGCUCCCGCGGCGCCUGUUUGAUGAAGACGACAACGAGCGGCGAACUAUGAAAACAAGGCGCGCACAACUCAUGUUGGAUCUGGAACGCGUCCGAGGCCGGCUCGAGGCCCGAAGCGCUCCCAUAAACUCCGUGACAUAUCAUGAGAUGGAGAGGAGGCACUGGCGCGACGUUGUUCCUAGUGACGAACCCCUCAUCCUCACCGGUUUCUCCACCGUUUUAAGUUUGGACCUCAUCACGGACCGCUGCGGUUCAAAACAAGUGAGAUCGCGACGGCGCUCCCCGAACUCGACGGCCUGGGCCGCCAUGAAUGAAGGUGAAGAGACGACCAUCUCCGAGUUCAUUCACUCUCAGCAAAAAGACGCCGCGGUCUUCGACUGGCCGUUGCAGUACUGCCCCGAUCUCCUUUCAGAAAUUGAGGUGCCGCCCUUCGCGGCCCUCGAUCAUGUGGCGACGGCGUACGGCCCAUCUUUAUUUAUAUCCUUCUCUGCCAAGGGCGGCGGCCCGCACGUCGAUAGUGGUAGUACGAAGUUCUGGCAGCACGUCCAUGCUGGAAGGAAGGAGUGGUCGGCGGCCGGCGUCUCUGAACUUCGUGGGGCGCCUAGACGCCAUCGACGCGACUCGUCCCUCGCAGGCGCGUCGCGUCCGUGCGGGACUGGCCUAGGUUGUUUGCCACGGAUGACAACUGGAGACGGGCCUUCUUCCGCGACGCGCGGUGUUCUGGCAUUUUUGGGAGUGUGCCGGCGGAAUGCGACGACGGGUUUGGUGCGGCGCCCGUGGAUUUGUUUGAUGAGAGCGCUCUCCAUAAAACGACGGUGCGGGAGGUCUGGCGCGGCGCCGCGCUACCGGGCGAGGUCGUCUACAUUCCCAUGAACGCGCCGCACCAGGUCCGCAACGCGCCCGACGAGCCCACAAUUGCGGUAUCGAUGAAUUAUGUCGAUGGGGGCAACCUGGAGGCGGCGCGCGCGGCGAGUUGGGCGGCGCCGGCCUACCACCCGAAGUGGCUCGCGCGCCUCAAGGUGCACGGAAGGGCCGUGCCGGGGUCGCGGGCGCCGUGGUACGCGCGGCAGCGCAUCGCGCUUGCUUCUGACGAGCAGUGGGUGGGGGACUAGGUUUUGUUGUUGGUUGUAUCCCUG